AUGCGGCUGUCACUACUCCUCUCCCUCGCCUUGACGGCCCUCAUCGAAGCCCACAGCGUCCUCGUCUAUCCCGGAACGCGAGGCAACAAUCUCAUCACCAACGACACCUUUCCCUACGGCAUGCAGUGGAUGUAUCCAUGCGGCGGCUUAGGAACCUCCAGAAACCGCACAUACUGGCCCACCACCGGCGGCGCCGUCUCCUUCCAGCCAGGUUGGUUCCGCGGCCACCUCCAGGCCCAGCUCCAGAUCAAUCUCGGAUACGGCACCGACGGGCCCGACAGCGGCCCGCCAAACAUGUCCAACAUCAUGCUCAAGCCAUUUAUGCUCCUGGGACCGUCGAAUAACCCUUACCCGGGAACUGUAUGCUUGCCUCAGGUGCCGCUUCCUGCUGGGGCGACUGUCAAGGCGGGCGAUAUGGCGACGAUCCAGGUUGUUGAGCUGGCUCAGCAUGGCGCGGCUCUUUACUCUUGCGUCGACAUCAUCUUUGCCGAACCCGGCGACCCCCGCAUCCCCAUCGUCAACGAGACAAACUGCUUCAACUCGACGCAAUUCGGCUUCGCCCAAAUCUACACCGUCACCACAACGAACCCCGUCCUCGACGUCGUCGCCUCAACAACCUCCUCGGCUGUUUCGCUGCUUAGCAAUGGCUGGGCGGGAUGGCUGCCACUGGCUAUUGGGGCGAUAGGCCUGACUCUGUGGUAA